AUGCCGCAGCUUCUCCUGUGCCUGCGAAAUGUGGUGAGCGGGGGCACCGUGGCAGAGAUUGUCGGGGACUCCUCGUGGACUGCGAUGGAGGCGGCUCUUGCUGUGGUGGCAAGCACCGGCCACAACAACUUCAAGCUCGUGAAGGGCAGUCGCUGCUUCUUUCCCGGCUCAGCGACGACACUGGGCGAGUUUGCUGGCGAGGGCGAGGCUGCGGAGCUUGAAAUCCUAAUACAAGACUUUCCAAUCUUGCGGAUCUCCGGCAUUCCUGGCGAUGCCACCUUCGGUGGACAUGGCCCCGCCAUUGGAUCCACGACAGAUUCUUCUACCCUUCAUGACUUGAAUGGCGACUGGUCGGCCGUGCCACUGCUACAGGUCCGAGGGCAUCCCGUCUGGAGGAAGCAGACGCGCCUCCGAAACAAAUGGGAGCCUGGCAGUCGCUUGCCUGCGGACGAUGGGGUGCGUUACGUCGUCCUGGGUGGCGACGGGGUCUUGGACAUCGCGUGGCUGCCUGCCGGCGAAUCGCCGAGGUCGGACAGCUUCCCGCACCAGGUAGGUUGCCUGUUUUUGGCUGGGAUCCAAGAAGAGUGUUCGCAGUGA